AUGCAAUCUAAUUCUUGGUGGUCCUCGUCUUCGGAGGAAGGGGAGAUGUUUUACGCAAACGUUGUGCUAAGGGCGGCGAAGAUUAUUAUGGAGGAGGAAGAGGAAGAGGUCUCGUCUGAAAUACAAACCAGACAACAAUGGAUUAACAGAGACUGCCAAGGAGCGCACGAGAAAUUGGUGAACGAUUAUUUUUCGGAUGCAUCCCUUUACAAUGCCGAGACUUUCAGACGCAGGUUCCGAAUGAGUCGUCGGUUAUUCACACGGAUUGCUGAUGAUUUGGCGGGGCAAGACCCGUUUUUCACGCAACGAUACGAUGCUCGUGGCGUACAAGGGUUCACCACGUUACAAAAGUGUACUGCGGCCGUUCGCCAACUGGCGUACGGGACAGCGGCCGACGCUUUGGAUGAGUACUUACAGAUGUCGGAAAGAACUACCCGGGAAUGUAUGUAUCGGUUUUGCGAAAAUGUGGUGAAACUGUAUAGCAAAAAAUAUUUGCGGAAACCAAACGCGUAUGAUGUUAAACAGUUGUACCAAGCUCAUGAAGCACGGCAUGGGUUUCCGGGAAUGCUCGGUAGCAUUGAUUGUAUGCAUUGGGCGUGGCAUAACUGCCCGAAUGCGUGCGACGUCGUAAAUGGAACCGGUCCGGACACUAGUUUUUCAGUUUGUGGGGUUGGAUUUAGGCGCGGUUAUUAUAUUGCUGACGGAAUAUAUCCGUUUUACUCUAAAAUUGUCAAGACUAUUCCAUACACGGAGGACGAAAAAAGAAAAAAAAUUCGCCAAGCGGCAAGAAAAGACAUCGAACGUUGUUUUGGUGUUCUACAAAGAAAAUGGCAAAUCAUUGAACAACCGGCACGUGCAUUCACAGCGAAGAGGUUGCGCCUUUGUAUGUACGGUUAUAUUUUGCUCCAUAACAUGAUUAUUGAAGACGAAGGUCGGACGAUUUGUGAGUAUAAUGAGAAUGCAUCUAUCGGGAAUACUGUCCCGGUAGAUCCGGCGCAACAUGAUUUAAACUCGUUCUCGCUAACCAACGAUUUCACGCAUACAAACCUUCAAUCCGAUUUGGUAGAACAUAUAUGGAACAACGUAAACGGCGGGGACGGUGACGAAGACGAUAACGAGUAG